AUGGCGCGUCGAGUGGGAAAUGACGGGGACAUAAACAGGUUGAAUGAGACGACACAUUACGCCGGGGCAGCCGACUUCGUGAUUAGUUUCGUUAUGAGGCCUGGCCUCCUACUGCCCCGACGAGUUAGCCAUAUUUUACCUCUAUUGGACGUCAUCGUCCCGUAUCUGGACGAGGUCGAAUUCGGCGACACCGUGCCACUCAGGGAUUUUACUUUUGACAACUCCCUGAUUUCGGCACUGGUAGAGCGAUGGCGUCCAGAGAUGCACAUGUUCCAUCUUCGGUGGGGUGAGUACAACACGGAGACGUGGGAGUUGGUAGAGCAGCUCCUCGGUGCCAGGCCUCCCGUGGCAGCACAGCAAGCGGCUCGGAGGAAGGAGUCGUUCACGCUGAAGCUCGUGUGGCUACGAGAUCGUGCUUGCCAGAUGCCCCAGACAGACGAUUCCGAGACCCUUCGACAGUACACCAGGUGUUAUAUCAUGUUACUGAUCGGAGGGUAUCUGAUGACCGACAAGUCCAACAAUCUGGUGCACCUUCGUUGGCUGCCACUCCUCCGAGACUUUACGAAGUGUAGGGCAUUUUCGUGGGGCUCGGCUGUGCUGGCCUGA